UCGUAAGAUUCUUUCCCUCAGUCCGUGCCCGACGUUUCCCUACGCACGAUCGAGAUUGCAGACCGUCAUCAUGGCCACUAAAACAAUGACCCUGGUACAGCCAUCUGCCGAGCAGCAGGCUAAGAUUCGUACUGAGCUGAAUGAGAAUGUCACGACUCGAGAUCAAGAUUUGGAACACAUCAAGGAAUGGCUCAAGCGCCAGCCCCAUCUUCCCGACUUUGAUGAUGAUGGGCGCAUCAUGACAUUUCUGCGAGGCUGCAAGUUCUCUCUUGAGAAGACUAAGAGGAAGCUGGACAUGUAUUUUACCAUGAGAACUGCAGUCCCAGAGUUUUUCGCUGACAGGGACCCUACCAAACCAGAAAUCCAAGAAGUCUUCAAGAUUGCACAAAUCCCCCCGCUGCCAGGACUGACCCCGAAUGGAAGACGAGUGGUGAUCAUGCGAGGUGUAGACGCAUCCAACAACAUCCCCAACGUAGCUGAUGGGAUGAAGGUGGUGCUGAUGAUAGGAGACAUUCGUCUGAAGGAGGAGUUGGUAGGCGUCGCAGGAGAUGUCUACAUUUUGGACGCUUCCAUUGCAACUCCUCAGCACUUCGCAUCCCACUUCUCCAAGUUUACACCAACACUCAUCAAGAAGUUCUUGAUUUGUGUUCAGGAAGCAUACCCAGUCAAGCUGAAGGAGGUCCAUGUGAUCAACGUAAGCCCAUUGGUGGACACAAUAAUCAACUUUGUCCGACCUUUCCUCAAGGAUAAGAUCAGAAGCAGGAUUCAUGUUCAUGAAAACCUUGAGUCUCUUUAUGAGUACGUGCCUAAGGACAUUCUACCCCAAGAGUACGGUGGAAAUGCAGGACCUAUUGAUGCUAUCAACAAGCAAUGGUACGAAAAGCUGGUAUCAUACCGCGACUGGUUCGCAUCCCAAGAGAGCAUCAAAGCUGACGAGGCCAAACGUCCCGGAAAGCCUAAGACCCACGAUGACCUCUUCGGCAUGGAAGGCUCUUUCAAGCAGCUCUCCAUCGAUUGAUCACACCAAAACAUCUUAUGUUAGGUUAGGUUUCAUAUGUUAAGCAUUUAUUCGCUCCUUUUUCUAUUUAUUUCACAUACAUAAUAUCAUACGCUAAGGUUUAUGAACUGUGAUACCAAAUGGUGUUUAAUUAAACUACAUCUUUCAAGUCCUUAAGUAGUGAUGCUGGUUUACCAAAUAUUCCUUAACUAUUGACACUAGGAAUAACAUUUUGAAUGAAUUUUACUCUAGAAGAGCUUUAAACUUCUGUAUGAAAUGUUGAAAUACUAAUCAGUAUUAUAGCUAUAGCUAAGUAUUCAAAUCAAAAUUUGCUUUAUUUGAUAUUAUGAUAUUUUUGAAUUGUUAAAACAUUAUCUACUACUGCUCAACACCUUUACUACUAUUAAGUAAGUCAAUAUAUUUGUUAUAAACAGAUAAAUAAAUGGUUUAUAUUACA